CUACUCCACUUUAUUUUCCUCACCUCAUUCUCCCUUCUAUUCUUUUUAUCAUUUCGAACUCAUAAAUUCCGACAAUCUUAAUUUUACAAACCCAGAUUCCGGCCACUGGUCCAUCGGAAUCUGAUUCUUCAAUUUUUAUUUUUAUUUAUUGUUUUACCUUUUUACCCUUCACCAAUUUUCCCGCUUAUUAUUUUACUCAAACAAGUAUAACCCCGUUUUCUUUAAAAGAAGGCUAGUGGAAAAUACGGUGCCCCUGUUUUAUGUAUUUAUUUAUAUAUUUGUAGUAGAUUAUUUGGUGGUGACGUGGCAUGCUCCAAAUAAGGCGCAACAAUGAACACCAAAACGAUGCGUCUCCCUCCCCGUCGGGUGCCCGAUUCCAUGCCCAACAACAAACGAAAAGAGAGAGACGGUUUUGACCUCAAACCCCAAACCUCUCUUCCUCCGUCCUCGAAACCACCCAUGCCGACCGCUCCUCCCCCGCUUCUCUCCAACCACCUCCUAGCGGGAUACCUGGCCCACGAGUUCCUCACUAACGGGACGCUCUUCGGCCAGCCGUGGGACCCGACCCGACCUCAACAAUCUCCCGCUGAAUCCAGUAAGGGAAUCAGAGAAAAAGCCGAGCCGAACGACAGAUCCGCAGCAGGCGACGCCGAGCCGAAGCCGAAGAAGCAUCAAAGGUACGUAGAAGUGGCAAGUUUGCUGAAGACCGAUGGGGCCCACUUGCCGGGCAUCGUCAACCCGACCCAGCUCUCUCGUUUCUUAGAGAUGUAAGGCUGUGUUCCCCCCUCAUACGUGGAGACACCUCAUUGGACAUCGUUUUCAAAAACGAGAUUUAAAAAUUUUUUUGGAGCAGUUUUAUUUUCUUCUCCGUCAUUGUUCAUACUGGAGAAGUUGUCUGUGGAAUACAUAGCCAUAAGCAUAGCUCUAUAGUUUUUUUUCUGUUGAAUGUAUGCAUGUACAUUUGAUGUUCCUUUAUAUUCUGAAUCAAUAAUGCAAAUGAAAGAACAGAUCAAUCUCAGUCCUUGAUA